UGUGUCACUGUAUAACUAACGCACGCUAUCCUUCAAAUUUCGUCAAUCUGUUAUGUCCUUUACGGAACUUGAUUAGUGUGAGAAAUGUACGAAUACCGGAUAACAGUGAAGACGGGUGAUCGACCACGAGCGGGUACCAACGGCAACGUUUAUGUUGUCCUACACGGCGAAGAAGACCUGGUGAUCCCUCCUACAAAGCUUGAUGCUUUUUUUCAUGACGACUUCGAGCGCGGACAGACGGACGUUUUCACCUUGAAAAAUAUACAGUUUGAGAAAGUGUCGGUGCUGGAGCUAUGGAGGGACGACGCAGGGUGGUAUACGGAAUGGAACAUUGAUACGAUCACGAUUGAAAACCUUUCGGGAGGAUGGGAAGCCGUGUUCCCAGUGUUCCGUUGGAUCAAGCCGAAUGUCCACUACAAAUUCAGACCAUAUGACACCUGCCUCCCCCAGGACGACCUGUUUCCAGAGCAACGCACUCGAGAACUUGAGGAGAAGCGGACGUUGUAUAAAUACUCGCAGUUGGAACCAGGAUUUCCAGUACAAGUGCCUGAAAUCCCCAUAGAUGAAGAGUUUUCAUUCAGUUACCAAUGGGACAUUACUAAGAAGAAGUUGAUUCUCAUGGGGACCAGUAAGUUGAAGACGCUGUUUCGCGGUGACUGGGAGUCGGUGGAAGACGUCGAGAGCAUCUAUGAUGAUAACAUGUUCCCGCGUCCAUCCGACUGCACAAGAUGGCUCAGUGACGAGAAAUUUGGACAGCAACGUUUUGACGGUUUGAACAGCAUGGUCAUUCGUCUGUGUUCGGUGCUGCCUCCGAAGAUGGCCGUUGAUGACGAAAUGAUGCGUCCCUUUUUGCAGGGCCUUUCUCUUGAGGAUGCGAUAAAGUCAAAGCGAACCUUUGUGGUAGAUCAUAGCAUCAUGGAUGGAGUGACCACUCGCCCUGGGGUUUCCUCUUGUGCUCCUAUUGCGCUCUUCUUUCGUCGGGAUGACGGCAAGAUAGUGCCUGUAGCAAUCCAACUGUUUCAGCACCUGGCGCCCGACAAUCCUGUGUUCUUGCCGUCAGACCCCAAAUACACAUGGAUCUUGGCGAAAAUGUGGUUUAACUGCGCGGACGCACAAGUUCAUCAAUGGAUCGCUCAUCUUGGCUUCACCCAUAUCAUCAUGGAAGGCUUCGUUAUCGCCACUCACCGUCAUCUAUCUCAGUCGCAUCCCAUAUUUAAACUGCUGGCUCCGCACUUUUUGUACCUGAUUGCCAUAAACCACCGCGCUGUAGAGACGCUAAUGAACCCUGGCGGCCAUAUUGACAACACUCUCAGUGUGGGCAAAGACGGUGGGGUCCAGUUAAUCGGCCGCCACCGUUCAUUAUGGCGUUUAGACGUAGCCGGUACCCUUCCAGCCGAUCUUAGGACCCGCGGAGUGGAAGACCAAGAGAUAGUUCCUGACUACCCUUGCCGAGAUGACGCCUUGCUCUCUUACAACGCCAUAAGCUCGUACGUAACGAAGUACGUACAUCUCUACUAUGCCUCCGACGAGGUGCUUAUUAAUGAUCCAGAAAUUCAGUCGUGGCGCCGCGACCUUGAUCUCCCAAUGGAGGCUGGCGGCCUUGGAAUCAUAGGAGUCCCCGGAAGUGAUGGAAAGUUCACUACACGUGAUCAAUUUAUCACGGUUCUGACAAGCAUUAUAUACACAUGUAGUGUUGGUCACGCAUCUGUGAACUUCAAACAAUAUGACGAAUAUGCAUUUCCUAUGAACUACCCGUCAUGGCUGAAGGGUGAUCCUCCGAAGGACAAAUCUGCAAAAACAGAAAGGGAUAUUUUAGACGCCAUCCAUUCACGAAAGGCUCAAAUGAAAGUGAUGUUGGUUUCAAAGAUUUUGAGUGAACGCAGUACAAGGCCGCUUGGGGAUUUCGCGAUCGACUACGUUUACGAUCCUCCUGCGGUACAAAUACAGAAGGAAUUUCGCGAGCAGCUCAAGAAUAUCAGUGACGUCAUCAAGCGCCGAAACGAGACUAGGGAAUGUCCCUAUCCCUAUUUGGACCCGGCGGAAAUUCCAAACUCUAUAAGCAUUUAAGAUCAAACGUUAAUGGACAGUGACACUAUCAUUUGUAACAGGAAAACGACAAUACCCUCACAUUCUUAUAAUAUUGUAUCGUACAUUUUUUAAAUUAGCACUAUGUUUUCCCGUAGAUAUACUUAAUCAGACUAACAAUUCACGCAACAAGCGAUGCAUUUAAAUGAUUCUUUCUUGUUUGUUAUCAUCUUUAAUUCAGUGGAUCAUAAUGUAUACACUGCACAUACGAAUAGCAAACGUAUGUAUUUUAUGUAUAAAACACGUUGAAAUCAAGGAACGCAUUAUGUGCGUUUCGUUGAUUUUUGUGAAACAUAUAAUGGAAAAUUGUUUGUUUUAGUUUACAUUUGGAUUAUAUUUCACCUAGUAAGCACCAAAAGCCAUAUUUUACGAGUGCCGUAGCCACGAGUUAUAUAUUUAUUUACUUUGUUUUAUGAGGUCAAAUAUAUAUUGCGAUAUUAAUUAGUACAUUAUUUAAUGAAAGUACAUAAAUUGACACUCAAUUGUAGUAUUUCAAAAAAGCACGCCAAUUUGUAUGCGGACCUAACGCCAUUUCGUAAAUGACGUCGUUGAGAUUGUGUCCAAGCCAUGUGCGCAAUGACUUUUGAUUUGGAAGUGAGAGCCGGCCAAAUUUCCAAACAGAAACUAUUAUUAAUUUGUUAUUUCACUUUUUGAAACAGCGUAUUGGUUGAUAUAUCGUUACAGUUUUUUUAUUAAAUGUCUCAUGUCAUAAAUCCAAAUUUUAACGCACUCUUAUUAAGGAUAAAAAAAUCAUUUCGGGGUAAUUUAUGAUGUGAUGGUAUGGCCAUGCUAAAUAGUUAAAGCCCCCAGUAGACUCGGGUUCCAGUGAAUUCUUGUUUCACUGACCGUUUCAAGGCGGUAAUCCCAUUAUUCAACGGUUAAUCCAUUUUGAUGAGGGUAUGGUUUGUUGGUGUUGUUUGUAUUUAAGUAUGUGAUGUUAAUAUGUAUGUGUCUAUAGUUCAGUCUCGUUUGGGCCCUUGCCUUGUGCCACUAAACAGGGAUUAUUUUUGAACUUUCGACUACUGGGUUUGUCCCUGUAUUUUUCAUUGUAUUAUUGUCUAUUUUUUCGAAUCUUUCCUACAUCUUAUUUAUGACUAAUUCAUUUGGGGAGCAUCUUCUAAGCAAACAUUAUGAUAUACAUUGAUUUCAAUCCUAGUAUUUACAUUUCUUCAUUCUUUCUUUCGUCAGAAAUAAAGUGAAAC